CCGUCCAACAGUCCUCUUUAAAUACCGGCAUUAAAUGCCUUGUGGUGCGCUGCGCAUUUGAUUCCGGUUGGCUUGGGACACCUGAGUCCCGCUCUAGUUGUCCUUCCGUUCGACCCACAAUCCCUAGUGUUUGCAGGUGUUGCAUCUCCACUCCCCUCCCUCCGCUUCCUUCAGUCCCCCCGCCCCCGCCACCUUCCCACCCCUUGCCUCGGGGAAGAAGGAAAAAAUAGCUUGAAGUCUACUCGAAGAACUGACCCUCAGCUCCCACAGGCUGCCGCCAAGCUGCAAGCGUGCCGCCGCUCCACGCAGGUAAACUUCGGAGUGAGUUACCUGCACUUGGAGAAGGGCCUUACCUGAGCGCGCCUCUGCCAAUGGCAGCUCACCUGAGGGAGCUCCGCAGCCAAUCACCGCGCAGCUCGUCCCUCGGGCUUGUACCCUUUAGUGAAAGAAUUCAGCUCCUUGCGAGAAAGUUACCUGUGGCCGCCCAAGUCCGCCUCUUUCUGCUCUGUGUCUGCCCAUUGCCACGAUCCAGGAGGACUCCGCGCCGCCCGGCCGCCUCCCAGCUCGGGCCCCAUGCGAGGGGCCCCCCCUUAUCCCACCUUUCCGGCUAGACCUGAAAGUCCAGUUUCACCAGAGACAGAGGCUCCAGGAAAAGGGGAGCGAGUUCAUUGGAUCAAACAUGUCACAAGAGUCGGACAAUAAUAAAAGAUUAGUGGCCUUAGUGCCCAUGCCCAGUGACCCUCCGUUCAAUACCCGAAGAGCCUACACCAGUGAGGAUGAAGCCUGGAAGUCAUACUUGGAAAAUCCCCUGACAGCGGCCACCAAGGCGAUGAUGAGUAUUAAUGGUGAUGAGGACAGUGCUGCCGCCCUUGGCCUGCUCUAUGACUACUACAAGGUUCCUCGAGACAAGAGGCUGCUGUCUGUAAGCAAAGCAAGUGACAGCCAAGAAGACCAGGACAAAAGAAAUUGUCUUGGCACCACUGAAGCCCAGAGCAAUUUGAGUGGAGGAGAAAACCGAGUGCAAGUCCUAAAGACAGUCCCAGUGAACCUCUCCCUCAAUCAAGACCACCUGGAGAACUCCAAGCGGGAACAGUACAGCGCCAGCAUCCCUGAGAGCCCCGCCAUCAUCCCAGUGUCAGGAAUCACCGUGGUGAAGUCUGAAGACUUCACGCCAGUUUUCAUGGCCCCACCUGGGCACUAUCCCCGGGGCGAUGGAGAGGAGCAACGAGUGGUGAUCUUUGAGCAGUCUCAGUAUGACGUGUCCUCCAUAGCCACCCACAGCGCCUAUCUCAAGGACGACCAACGCAGCACCCCGGACAGCACCUACAGCGAGAGCUUCAAGGAAGCAGCCACAGAGAAAUUCCGCAGUGCUUCAGUUGGGGCUGAGGAGUAUAUGUAUGACCAGACAUCAAGUGGUACAUUUCAGUACACCCUGGAAGCCACCAAAUCUCUCCGUCAGAAGCAGGGGGAGGGCCCCAUGACCUACCUCAACAAAGGACAAUUCUAUGCUAUCACACUCAGCGAGACUGGUGACAACAAGUGCUUCCGACACCCCAUCAGCAAAGUCAGGAGCGUGGUGAUGGUGGUCUUCAGCGAAGACAAGAACCGAGACGAGCAGCUAAAGUACUGGAAGUACUGGCACUCCCGGCAGCACACGGCCAAGCAGCGUGUCCUUGACAUUGCUGAUUACAAGGAGAGCUUUAAUACGAUUGGAAACAUUGAAGAGAUUGCAUAUAAUGCCGUGUCUUUUACCUGGGACGUGAAUGAAGAGGCAAAGAUUUUCAUCACCGUGAAUUGCCUGAGUACAGAUUUCUCCUCCCAAAAGGGGGUGAAAGGACUUCCUUUGAUGAUUCAGAUUGAUACAUACAGUUAUAAUAAUCGUAGCAAUAAACCCAUUCAUAGGGCUUAUUGCCAGAUCAAGGUCUUCUGCGACAAAGGAGCAGAAAGAAAAAUCCGAGAUGAAGAAAGGAAGCAGAACAGGAAGAAAGGGAAAGGCCAGGCCUCCCAAACCCAAUGCAAUAACUCCUCUGACGGGAAGAUGGCUGCCAUACCUUUACAGAAGAAGAGUGACAUCACCUACUUCAAAACCAUGCCUGAUCUGCACUCACAACCGGUUCUCUUCAUACCUGAUGUUCACUUUGCAAACCUGCAGAGGACUGGACAGGUGUAUUACAACACGGAUGAUGAACGAGAGGGCAGCAGCGUCCUUGUUAAACGGAUGUUCAGACCCAUGGAAGAGGAGUUUGGUCCAGCACCUUCUAAGCAGAUGAAAGAAGAAGGAAUGAAGAGAGUGCUGCUGUAUGUGAGGAAGGAGACCGAUGACGUGUUUGAUGCUUUGAUGCUGAAGUCUCCCACAGUGAAGGGCCUGAUGGAGGCGAUAUCUGAAAAAUAUGGGCUGCCUGUGGAGAAGAUAGCAAAGCUUUACAAGAAAAGCAAAAAAGGCAUCUUGGUGAACAUGGAUGACAACAUUAUCGAGCACUACUCGAAUGAGGACACCUUCAUCCUCAACAUGGAAAGCAUGGUAGAAGGCUUCAAGGUCACACUCAUGGAGAUCUGAGCCCAAGGCUGGCAUCCCCUCGGCUGGAGCUCUUGGUGCAUUCCUCCCUGGAAGAGACAGAGGCCCCGGCCCAGAACCCAGAGACCCAUCUUCUCCACCUCACAACUGCUGUUACAAGACUACUCUGGGGAGCGGGUGAGGCACAAGGCCCCCAGCUGGCAGUGUGCUUGGCCCACCCGCCAAGCUCCUGCCUUGGAGCUGAAGCCUGAGCCCCUCAGGAAGGCGCCUGGGGCCUUUUGGGCUCUUAUUUAUUGCCCACCUUUGUCCAGAGCCCAGGGUCCAGGCCCACCAGGAUUCUACAAGUCCCUGAUGACUUUGGAUGAGUCCGUCCAGGGUUCCUCCUUCAAGAGAAACAUUCAUCCCGAAGAGCCUGAAACAUUCUCCCCGCUUCCUUCCCUCCGCUCCCGUCUCCUGAGUGGCUGGACAAAAAGAGCUACUUCCUGGUGCAGUAGUCACAGGUGGGGUAAAAGGUGGAUGCCCCCUUCCUGGUCAGAAACCUUCAGGUUGCCCUGGGGAAGUUUGUCUUGCCAAACACCUCCAGGGGUUUCCAGCAAGAGGCGCCAGGCCUUGACAGGAAGACACUCAGCUACCAUGUGAUGAGUAAGUGACACAGAAAGUACUCCUGACGGUCAUGUACAUAGUGUUUAUAAUAUUGCAAUAAUAUAUUUUACCUGUGGUACAUGGGCAUGUUUACUGCCACUGGCCUGGGGGAAGACAUGUACCCAGAGACUUUGCUUUCUAUGAGAGGUUUCUGCCUCUGCGCCUGUUCAGGAGACCUGCUGGGCUAGGGAGGGGGCCUUUGGGGGUAUCAGAUGGCUAUGUAGAUGUGAGGAUGAACUCUCCAGUGGGUGUGCCUGGAACUUGUUUUCUGCCCCGGAGGAAUCCCCUCCUCCAUGGGCACGACUCUCCCUCAAGGCCAACACGUUUAUCUCGAAGAUGUGCUCUGCCUGACUCUUCCUUUGAGCUGUUUCCUGGGAAUGGUCGUAUUGUCUGAGGCCCCAUCGCCUUCUCCAGCUCGACUUCAGGCACUCCCUGAGCUUUCUGGAAAGACUCUGCAGGGGGCUUGCCUUCAGGGCCCUGAGGCCAGGGCCUGCUGCAGCACUCCUUGGCUCUCAUGAGAAUCUGGACCCUGUGUAGUGCCUCAUGGUUUCUGAUGGUUUAUAAGCAUGACCUUCAUCUCAAGUGUUUCUUUCAAAAGCCCAACUUCAAGAGUGAGAGC